AUGCCAAGCCCAAUCAAAGCACAGCCACAACCACUCCCAUCGCAGUUCUUCCCAUACGGCACCACGCAAUGCCUGCCAGCGCCAUCACCGCAGCUCAUCGAGCAAUCCACGCAAAAGAAUGCUACAUGUGCCGCAUACGCACCAGCAUACGGUGCCCCACGAGCCCGCGUCGGACUCGUCACCGCCCAUUUUGGCCCAGUGCAGCAGCACUAUCAGCGAGCUCUAGAAAGCCACCUGAUGCACAGUCUAAUCCACGGAACCCAAGUCCACGUGCUAUGCGACACCCUCGUAGACGACCUCUGGAACAAACACGCCUUCAUCCUCGACAUGCUCAUGCGCGAGAUACUCAAGCCCGCCGACGAGCGCCUAGAAUGGGUCAUGUGGGCGGACCGCGACACGCUGAUCCUCGACCAGUGCCGCCCGCUGUCGAGCUUCCUGCCGCCCGUCGAUACAAACCGGAAUAUCGUCGUCACGACGGAUUGGAACGGGCUGAACAAUGGCAUCUUCUUCCUCCGUGUGAAUAAGUGGGCUAUUGAUCUCUUUACCGCCACGCUGGCGUACCGCUACUACAGACCCGAGGUUUUUCUGCGCUUCACGGAACAGAGCGCCAUGCAGAAUGUUCUCACUGAGGCGACGUUCGCGGGAGGCGUCCAGUGGGUGCCGCAGCACUGGUUCAACGCGUAUGAUAUGUCUGGUGCAUAUGCGUUUGCAAACAGGACGGCAGUCGCUGACUUGCACCCGCUGCUGGUCCGGAGAGGGGAUUUCUUGCUCCACUUUGCGGGGCAGCCGAAUAAGAAUGAAUCGAUCAACGAGUGGAUGGACAUGUUGGAGGUGAUGGAAAAUGUGUGGGAGGCGGGCUCGGCGCAGAGAAACCUGACUGAGGAGGUCACGGCGUUUUGGAAGGCUUUGGGGCUGAGGUGGUAG